AGUUGGAGUUUUAGUCUGUUUGAUUUCAGGUUCCCAGCGGCCGAGUCAGGUGAGGAAGUCACUGUAUUUGCUCUCUCUCUCUCUCUCUUUGUUUCCAGCCGAGACGAGGGUGUCUACUCGCUUGUUCUUGUCUUCUUCACACUCCACACGUAUCGCAUCGCAUCAACCCUCACAAUUCCCAAACAGGUUUCUCUCUUAGUCGCUCUCAUCUCACUCCAGAUCCACCCCCGAACUCUCUUCCUAUCCCGAUCCCGAUCCCCAAACCACAGAAACUAGAUGGAGCAACUGAAGACGAUAGGGCGUGAACUCGCCAUGGGAUCCCAAGGAGGCUUCGGUCAAUCAAAAGAGUUUCUCGAACUCGUCAAAUCCAUCGGGGAAGCCCGAUCCAAGGCCGAAGAGGACCGCAUCGUGCUCCGUGAAAUUGAAACCCUCAAACGACGCAUCGUCGAACCCGACAUCCCAAAACGGAAGAUGAAGGAGUACAUCAUCCGCCUUCUGUACGUUGAGAUGCUCGGCCACGACGCAUCAUUUGGUUACAUCCACGCCGUCAAAAUGACCCACCACGACAACCUCCUCUCGAAACGCACCGGUUACUUAGCCCUCACUCUCUUCCUCAAUGAAGACCACGACCUCAUCAUCCUCAUCGUCAACACCAUCCAAAAAGACCUCAAAUCUGAUAACUACCUCGUCGUUUGUGCCGCUCUUAAUGCCGUUUGCAAGCUCAUUAACGAGGAAACCAUCCCCGCCGUGCUCCCUUCAGUCAUCGACCUUCUCUCCCACCCCAAAGACGCCGUUAGGAAAAAAGCCGUUAUGGCUCUCUAUCGCUUCCACCACAAAUCCCCUUCCUCCGUUUCCCAUUUACUCUCCAAUUUCCGCAAACGGUUGUGUGAUAACGACGCUGGCGUCAUGGGUGCCACUCUGUACCCUCUCUUUGACCUCAUAAACGUUGACCCUAACGCUUAUAAGGACCUCGCAGUUAGCUUCGUUAGCAUUCUCAAACAGGUCGCCGAACACAGGUUGCCUAAGAGCUAUGACUAUCACCAGAUGCCAGCGCCGUUCAUUCAGAUUAAGUUGCUCAAAAUACUCGCCUUAUUGGGGAGUGGUGACAAGCAUUCGAGCGAACAUAUGUAUACUGUUAUUGGCGAUAUAAUUAGGAAGGGCGAUUCGUCUAGUAAUAUAGGGAAUGCUAUUCUUUAUGAGUGCAUAUGCUGUGUCUCUUCGAUAUAUCCAAGUGCUAAGUUGUUGGAAGCCGCUGCGGACGUCAUUGCGAGGUUUUUGAAGAGUGACAGUCAUAAUCUCAAGUACAUGGGCAUUGACGCCCUUGGUCGGCUCAUUAAGACAAGUCCGCAUAUUGCAGAACAGCAUCAACUGGCCGUCAUUGACUGCUUAGAGGACCCUGAUGAUACUCUGAAGCGAAAAACUUUUGAACUACUUUACAAAAUGACAAAGUCUUCCAAUGUGGAAGUGAUUGUUGACCGUAUGAUUGAUUACAUGAUUAGCAUAAUUGAUGAUCAUUAUAAAACUGAUAUAGCAUCUCGAUGUGUAGAACUUGCUGAGCAAUUUGCACCAAGUAAUCAUUGGUUUAUACAGACCAUGAAUAAAGUUUUUGAGCAUGCUGGAGAUCUUGUGAAUAUUAAGGUUGCACAUAAUUUAAUGCGAUUGAUUGGUGAAGGAUUUGGAGAGGACGAUGAUGCUGCAGAUAGUCAGUUGAGAUCAUCUGCGGUUGAGUCAUAUUUGCGCAUCAUUGGGGAGCCAAAGCUUCCAUCAGUGUUUCUUCAAGUAAUAUGUUGGGUUCUGGGGGAAUAUGGCACAGCUGAUGGAAAGUAUUCUGCUUCAUAUGUCACUGGGAAGUUAUGUGACAUUGCAGAGGCAUAUUCAAAUGAUGAAACUGUUAAGGCAUAUGCGAUUUCAGCAUUGACAAAAAUUUAUGCAUUUGAAAUAGCAGCUGGGAGGAAAGUAGAUAUGCUACCUGAGUGUCAAUCUUUGGUCGAAGAAUUAUUAGCAUCCCACUCCACUGAUUUGCAGCAACGUGCUUAUGAAUUGCAAGCCCUUAUUGGUUUGGAUGCACAAGCUGUUGAAACAAUAAUGCCCCAAGAUGCAAGUUGCGAAGACAUUGAGGUUGAUAAGAAUCUUUCUUUUCUAAAUAGUUAUGUCCAGCAGUCUCUAGAAAGGGGCGCUCUGCCCUAUAUUCCAGAGGAUGAGCGCACUGGAAUGGUGAAUGUGAGCAACUUCAAAAGCCAGGAUCAACAUGAAUCUGCACAACAUGGUCUAAGAUUUGAGGCAUAUGAGCUUCCAAAGCCUCCAAUGCCAUCAAAAGUUGCUUCAGUUUCACUUUCAUCCUCAACAGACCUUGUUCCUGUAUCUGAGGCAUUGUAUUCUCGGGAGACUCACCAGAUCUCAUCAGUGGGAUCAUCUUCAGACACAGGAUCUUCAGAGCUUAAGCUAAAGCUUGAUGGCGUUCAAAAGAAAUGGGGUAGGCCAACUUAUUCAUCUCCGACAUCUUCCUCAAAUUAUACUUCCCAAAACCCUGUGAAUGGGGUGACUCAAGUGGAUGUUACAACUUCUGUAAAUUCAAAAGCACGUGAUAACUAUGAUUCAAGAAAGCAAAAGAUUGAAAUUCCUCCUGAAAGGCAGAAACUUGCUGCUUCAUUGUUUGGUGGAUCAACUAAAGUUGAGAAAAGAUCUUCAACCAGCAAUAAGGUUCCUAAGGCUGGUGCUAGUCCUGCAGACAGAACUCAAGAAUCAAAAGCUGCAGUUGUACCUAGUGAAGUAGCUCAGGAGAAAACUAAUCAACAAUCUCCUCCUCCAGAUUUGCUUGACUUGGGUGAACCAACUGUCACUGCUGUACCUCCCUCUGAGGACCCAUUCAAGCAAUUGGAAGGGCUUCUUGACCCAAGCACUAGUUCUACUACAAAUCAUAGUGGUGGUGCUGUUACAAAUGCACCGGAUAUUAUGUCACUCUAUGCAGAUCCUGCUGCAAGUAGACAGAGUAGCAGUGGUGGCUAUUCUAUCGCUGUGGGUGGGGAUAAUGCAAAUCUUUCAUCAGAGUUGUCAAACGCUGCUGACAGAGGUACUACUGGAGAAACGAUUGUGACUCCUUUGUCACAAUCUGUAAAGGGUCCAAAUGCUAAAGAUUCUUUGGAAAAGGAUGCAAAAGUGAGGCAGAUGGGCGUUACACCCUCGAGUCAGAACCCCAACUUGUUCAGCGACUUGCUUGGCUAAUCCGAUUAUGCUUGAGGAUAGAUUAUGUUGUGACUUACUGCUCAUGGAGUAUCCAGAACCAGUUGGCUAUCAUAUGAUAUAUGAAAAAAUUGAAUAAUAUGAAUUAUGAUCAGGCAUGGAUGACUGCAGCCACCCAGAAUGGGGUGAUUACAUAACCAGAAAUGUCUAAGCCAGGUAAAGAAAUUUUCUACUCGCAGAAUAGCUUUUGUAACAAUUGAAUGCAUGAGGCUUUCCCCGUUGCAUCCGGGUUUUGGUCCACACUAGAUUCUAAAGGAAAGGUACCGUUGUGCUCGAUCAUUGCAUUUAAUACUUUCAUUGGAAGUGCCAGGUCAUCUUUGUUGUUAUACCAAAGUUGUAUUUUUUGUCACAAUUUUGUGGAUUUUACGUCUCUGUCAAUAUAACGGUUUUUCCAACGUUGAGAUGCUUGAUAAUGCGGUCUAAAUCAGUUUGAUGUACGGCAUUUGUACACGUGAAAAUUUGUGAUUAAUGAGGGUAAGGUUAUCUAUUGCUUUGUAGAAAGACCAAUGUGUCCAUCCAUGAUGGGCCGUGUCUUUUUCUUCUGUUCUCAAGUCUCUCACACACAUACUGAUUCGAUUAGAUUAUUUAAAUUUAAAUUUUUUUUACAUAUACGUGAU